UGUUCAUUCAAAUGUCAGUGUAAUCCGGGUCAGUUAUCUUUGCAAUUAUUUAGUUGACCGCUAUGUUUUGAACAGAAUUAGCUAUGGAGGGUUCCCUCAGUAAAUGGACAAAUGUAAUGAAGGGCUGGCAAUACCGCUGGUUUGUUCUAGAUGAUAAUUCCGGUCUACUUUCUUAUUAUACUUCGAAAGAGAAGAUGAUGCGAGGUGUAAGAAGAGGAUGCGUAAGACUGAAAAAUGCCAUAAUAGGAAUAGACGAUGAAGAUGAUAGUACAUUCACCAUAACUGUUGACCACAAAACAUUCCAUUUUCAAGCUAGAGACGCCGAAGAGAGGGAAAAAUGGGUACAGGCUUUGGAGGACACCAUUUUUAAACACGGAAGCAGGAUGAAGUGGGACACUAAUCAACCACCACCUACGAUCAAAGAUUUUCAGUACAAAGUUACAGAAGCAGACGCAUAUCUUCAACUGAUGAUUGAACAAAUAAAGAUACUCGAAGAAAAUAUCAGUAAAAUGAGUGAUCCGGAGGAUAAAUCCAAGUGCCAAACUAUUCUAGAGCAAGCAAAUGUCAUGUUGGAUAAUGUUAAGCAUUCUAUAGUAUUACUUCAAAUAGCUAAGAAUACAGCCCAUCCCGUCAAUGGCUUGGGCCUAUAUCAAAUAGUACCUGGAUCCUCAUCACAUACAACAGCGCCUAUGAAUGCAGAAACCUUAGUACCUGAAGGACCAGUUCAUGGAGUUGAACUGGGUUCAGAAUGUCGAGAAAAUACCAGGAGACAGAGCAGAAACCUUGCAUCUCCCACCUCUUUAGCGGUACCGGACAUGUCUUAUUCGAGCAGUGAGGGAGAAGAGGAUUUCUUCGAUGCUAAUGACUACCCCACCUCUGUGAGCUCUGUAUUGUCUCCUAUUGGCCUGAAAACUUUCGAAAGCGAUGGUGAUAAUAAUACAACAAAUCCUGUACAGAUCAGGCAGCAGACCCCAAAUGCUGUCAGAAAAGUUUCUGGCAAACCCGAUGACAUAGAACAAAUUGAUGAUGAUGCUUUAUACGAUGACGAUAGUGACGAAAAUUUGGAAAUUGAUACCAACGUUUCUGUGAUUAGACAUUUGCUGUCUCAGGUUAAGAUAGGUAUGGACUUGACCAAGGUAGUAUUACCAACUUUCAUACUGGAGAGGCGAUCGCUUUUGGAAAUGUAUGCCGAUUAUUUCGCACAUCCUGACCUAUUUAUAAGUAUUGCAGAUGCCAAAGAUCCCAGAGAUCGUAUGGUUCAAGUGGUUAAGUGGUACCUAGCUUCGUACCAUGCGGGCAGAAAAAGCGCCGUUGCUAAAAAACCGUACAACCCGAUACUCGGGGAAAUUUUCCGAUGUCACUGGAACAUUCCUAAAAGUUACGGUAAACUGACUCCGACCGAAGAGACUGUGCAGGAAGGACCAAUCACUUGGUGUACAAAAAAUCAACUGGUGUUUGUUGCUGAGCAGGUAUCCCACCAUCCUCCAAUUUCAGCAUUCUACGCUGAACACUACAACAAACGUAUCAGUUUCAACGCCCACGUUUAUACAAAAUCCAAGUUUCUCGGCCUAUCGGUUUGUGUGUAUAAUAUUGGUCAAGGGGUAGUUUCAGUAUUAGAUCAUGAUGAAGAAUACACAGUUACCUUUCCUAAUGGUUAUGGUCGCUCAAUUUUAACCGUACCCUGGAUAGAAUUAGGAGGAUCAAUAGUUAUAAACUGUCGGAAGACGGGAUAUUAUAGCAAUAUUGAAUUCAUAACAAAGCCUUUUUACGGCAACAAAAAGCACAGGAUAAGUGCAGAAAUAUUUGGACCAGAAGAUAAAAAGCCCUUUCUAACAAUAAGUGGAGAAUGGAAUGGUAUCAUGGAGGCUAAAUCUAAUGAUAAGCAACAAGUGGAAGAUUUUGUUAUAGACGUUAAUAAAUUAGAAAUUGUAAAGAAAUUGGUUAGACCAAUAAGUCAGCAAGAAGAAAAUGAAUCUCGCAAAGUAUGGAAAGACGUCACUUUGGGAUUAAAACUUAACGAUAUUGAUAAAGCAACGGCCGCUAAGCAGAAAGUGGAACAAAGACAAAGAGAUGAGGCUAAAGAAAGGAAAGAGAGUGGUGGAGAAUGGAAUACAAAAUUGUUCCAGAAAGGCCCAGAAGAUAGUUGGCACUUCAUAAAUCCACUCCGGUAUAGAUUAGUAUCGAAUACAUGAAUCUUACAAUAACAUGAUCAAGGAGAUGAAUUCAACACUGUGCUUUUCUCAAAACCAUCCUAAAAAACUGUUUGAUCAGAACAAUAUUAUUUUCAUAUUUAUAUUAAACUGUGAUAUCAUCAUAUUAUGGGAAUGUGAGAACUGAAUGAGGCGGAAGAUCUACCGCUGCAGGACAGCUUAUCGCCUUGAUUAAAUAACAUGAAUUGAAUUCUUUCUUAAAUUUACUGUACAUAAAGAUGGCAUUUAUUUAUUUUUAUUAGGGGCUAAGUUGAUAAAAUGUUUUCUCUCCCAACUUUUUUAUUUCCAUUUAACUCCCAGAAUGUUGCAAUAGAGGUACAAUCCAAAUUUAUAUGUGACUUACAUUUCCAAGUUGAAUAAAUCAUACAAACAUA